CGUUUCGUGCUGCGCAAAUAAACUCAAACGUAAUUUCGGCAAGUUUUGCAAAAAUCGAACCGGAGCGGAAACGAAGCUUUCAAUUCUGCUCCCUCGAGCAUUUACUCGUAUCUUACUCGUGUACUCGCGCACAUCGCAAUUAUCCGCUUUGCGACACGAGCCACUUCUUCCCACUCGGCUCGCAAGGAAAUUAGUGGCAUCCAUGUAUAUAUAUAUUUGUUUUUUUACAACUAAUGGCUAAUCUCUUGUCGUUACGGGAUUUUUAUUUGCACCUGCGCUUUCGAGACAGGUGCACGUCUUUGCAGGAGGAGCCGAGGCGCAGAAUACAAACUCUCCGCGUGAGGCGCGUUUGAACGAGCGAGAUAAGAGAACGCACCUUCCUUUAUUAAUCGAGGUACCUUUGAGCCGCGGCUAAAGUCGCCCGACGCGAUGACGGGACGAGGACGAAACGGGCACGCAGGUUAGGGCGGCAGGGCGGAGAGAGACGGAAGGUGUAAAACAUGAGCUGGUUUGACGCGACGGGAUUCGCCAAUUUGGCAAAGUCCGCGCUGAAGGGAGCCCAGAAGACCAUCGACAAGGCCCUGGACAUCAAGGAGGAGGAGCCGAAGGUGCCUCAGGCGCAUGCGAACGAGACGUCGGACUUCUUCGCGAGCUGGGGACUGCAGGGCGAACAGGAGGCCAACAAGCGGGACGGCAAUCCGCAGAGGCAGCCGCAAAACUCGAGCAGUAUCUGGGGCAGCUUCUCGGGCUCGUUUUACGAGCCGCCGAAGGCCGUGGGCGGGAGUGGCUGGAAGAGCGGCGACGAUCAGGAUGAGCAGCAACGCGGCAUGGUGUCGUCUACCUCCGCCCCCGAGAAACUGGCGGCGAAGGACUCGAGACCUGCGAUAGCGAAGAGCGAGUUUGUACAUAAGGAAGAUGAAGGGGAGUCCAGCGCUGCCAGCGAGUCUGUAAAUACGAAUCAGAGCCUGUCUAAGGAGUCCGACGAUGGAAUCGCGUCGGAGUCAUGCGCGUUGUCAGAGCAGUCGUCUCUGGACAACGUUGUCUCUAUCAGUACGGACAGGAUUGUAACUAAAAGUGGCAGUUUAGACGUGGAACAGAUAUACUACGCGCCAACGGCGGACGAUACCGACAGUGAUUCCACGACGAGCAGCGGCGGAAAGGGGCAGGGGCAGCGCGACAACGAGCUGGAGAGCAACGAUGUGAAUCUCGCGUCGAGUCCCACUAAUGUGUUCCACAGAGUACCCAACGUCUCCUCCGAGAGCGACAAGAAGAGCCUGGAGAGUCUGGAGAUACUCGGCUCGCGGUCCAACACCGAUUGCACCACCACGCCGGAAUCGGAUCUCAAUUCGCUGAGUCCCUCCGUCGUCGACAUCAAGGUGAACUCCGAGUCGGUCGAGAUACUGCCGGACAGUCUCGUAACGUCGCCGAGCUCCGUGGAAAUCCUGGGUGACUGGAAGAGCGACAGCAGCCCGUAUCUGUCGCCGAUAGACCCGAAAAAUCUGGAGUCGUCACCCGUCCUGGGCGGGGACGAGUGCGCCACUCCGUGCGUGGACUGCGCGCUACAACCGCCGAGCGGGGAUCUACUCGCAUCGUCGUCCGACAUUUCCCCGUACGAGUCUCCAAUGGAGGAGGCCAAGACAUUGAACGUCAGUCCGUACUCGUACAGUAUUGACAACACGCCGUCACCCAGCGCGUUUUCCAGCCUAGACACGAAUAAGAGCUCGUCGCACGCGGCGGACAGUUCCAAGACUUCCCCGGAGAGCGUCGAGGUGAUACCGGACGUGGACGAACCGGACGAGGUGAGUCUGGCCGAGGAUUCGUACACCUCGGCUUCCGAAGGCACGGUCAUGACGGUGCUCGAGCCGCUGCAACAGCUGGACGCGGCUAAAAAUAAGGUGGAACUGGCUGAUAUGAGCGUCAAGAUACCUAUAAAGAUGCACGAUUCGUGUCCGGAUGACAGGCAAAUAUCGGCCAAGACUUGCAUGGAGAGCAGGUUGAACUUGAGCCUUGACUCGCUCAAGGAGAAGCACAAUCUGCACCUGACGCUCGAGCCGAUUACCACGCAACCGAUUCGCAAGUCGGACCCACUGGAAGGGGUGAACGAGAAACCGGACGUUUCCACCUUUUCCCAAUUAAUGAGCACCACUAUAGAGCCACCGGACCCGGACAGCCAAGUCGAAAGCAUGGAAGAGACGAAUAUGAUCGAGAGUAGUACCGAUCAGUAUUUAAUAUCCACCGAUUCGAGCAGGGAAGGUACCUUGUUAGAGAGCAGCUCGGAGGAUAACGCGACGUUGAUCUGUACGGACGAUUCCAAGAUCCUCGAGACGCCCUUGACCACCAGUUCUUACGUGAAGACUAUGCUGGCCGACGCUAUGGUCGAGAAAAGCGAGAUAAUCGAUAUGGAGACCCAUUGCGCGGAAGUGCCGCGAGAAAAUUCACCGAUAUCGUCAGAAAGCCGUUCCGAUCUGGUGAAAAUCGGGUCUGAUCAGGCCAGCGGACACACGAGCGGAGACGAGUUAGAGACCACAACGUCGAGCGAUAUUGAGAUAAUAUCUAGUCCUAACGGAGAUUCGAGUUCGACACAAUCGCGACAGAGUCCGGCAAAAUUACAGUUGAGCAAAGGCGGCGAUCUGCUAACGAAAACUUUAAAGACCCGGGGCCAUUCUCGAGAACUGAGCGAGAUCAGUGUAGGCUCGGACGAAGCGAAUAUGGAGAUUGAGAAGCUGCUGAAACGCGUGCAGGAGAUGACGGAGAUUUUAGAAGCGAGAGAAUCAAAGUUAAUCGACGUGAGCAGGAUAAAUAUGGAGUUACAUGAGCAGAAUGCAAAUCUAAUGAGGCAGCUUGAGAAUUUUGAAAAACACGCGGAGCAAAAUCAAAACAUUAAUCAAAUCACGGAUGAAUAUACACAGCGUCUGUCGGCACUGGAGAGGAAAUUUCAGCAAGCGAUAAGGGAACGCGAUCAGUUGAGGAAAAAUUUAGAUCAGCUAAAGUUAGAAGCGGCGUCGCGUUUGUCGUCGCAGGAGAUGUUUAAUAUAAACGCCGAGAAGGAUGAAAUCAUAAAGGAGCUUCGUGAGGAGGGCGAGAAACUCAGCAAACAACAACUUCAACACAGCAACAUCAUAAAAAAGCUGCGCGUAAAAGAGAAAGAGACUGAUGCCACAAUAAAGAGUCAAAAGGAGCAAAUAGAGGAACAAAAUACGGAAUUGGAGAGAUUGAAACGGUCGCUGCACGCGAAGGAGGAGGUCGAGCGCAGUCAAAUAGAAGCUGUUCACACGCUGACAGCGAAAACGAAGAAGCAAGAGAAGGAAAUACUAAUGUUACAGGAAAAAUUGGAUAAUGCGGUGAAUAAAAUGGAGGCCUAUAAGAAGAGCUUGGAUGCUGCGAAAGUAGACUUGACAGAAACGAAAAAAAAGCUGGCAGCCACUGAGGAGGAAUUAAAGGAAGCCGUGGAUAAUGCGGCUGAAUCGUGCCAAUUGUUUGCGCAAGUGGAGGAUUUAAAAUUGAAAUACCGUCAAGCCGAGGAAGCUCACGUCAAACGAGAGGAGUUUUUCAAGCACGAAAACAACGAAUUACUUAAGCGAUUAGAAGCUGCAGAGGCCAGAAGCGAAGAGUUAUCUGAAUCCGUCUCGGUAGCAACAAAACCUUUGUUGAGGCAGAUAGAACAGCUUCAAGCAAACUUGCUGCAUAAAACCAAUAGCUUCAUGAAGCAGGAGAAGGUUUUAUCGGAGAAAAAUAUCGAAUUGCAGUCCAAAGUCGAGAACUUAAUCGAGAUGGAUCGUCUCCUGAGAGAAGAGAAUGUUAAUCUGAAAUCCAAAGAAUCGCAUUUGGAGUCGAAGCUCAACUUAAAGGAGAAAGAGAGAUUGAGAUUGCAGGAGUCGCAUGAUACAUUGAAAGAAGAAAACGAGAGAUUAGUAGAACAGAAUAAAGAACACCAAGAUGCGAUAAGCACUCUCGAGCAGACACAUUCCAGCCACGUACAGGAAUUGAAAAGAGAGAUAAACGCGCUAGAGAAUAAAUUAGCCGUCGAGAAGGCAGCGACCGACGCAGAGCGGAGGAGAAAUAACGCGAUAUUGGAACAGCAGCAAAACACCGACGAGGAAUCACGAUUCAGCCCUACUCUCAGUAUAGGACAAGAGUCUGUCAGCAGUGCAAAUAGCGCCUGGCCAGGUUUCAGCGAUUCAGUAUUCGACAAUAACUCGGGCAGAUUUCCUCCGAUACCGUACGAAAGCAUCAUAACGGGCUCGAGUAGCACGUCGAUCUUCGAGAACUUGCAAGCGCAACUGAAACAGAGAGACGGCGAGAUACAGCAACUCCAGUGGGAAUUGUCGCGACGAAACACGGAGAGGGACGCACUGAACUCGGAAUUGGCGACGUUAACAUUGAAGAUCGAGGAUCUGAGCGCCAGCGUCGCGGAAGCACGGGCGCUCAACGAGAGCCUCAACGAGACGCAGACCAGAUACGACGCGUUGCUGCAGAUGUACGGCGAGAAGGUCGAGGAGAAUCAGGAACUGCGGCUGGACCUCGAGGACGUUAAGGAGAUGUACAAGAUGCAGAUCGACCAGCUCCUAAAGCGGCAGAAUUAACCGCGAAAUUUUCAAAAAGGGAAAAAACGAAGACUCGCGCGCAGCGCUUACGAUUCUCUAUGAAACUUUUAAUUACACGCAUGCACCAUUUCACCGCGUAAUCACUUCAUCGAUUUCUAGCGAGAUACCGGCGUAUAACGAAGUUUUAUAGCGGACGACUUUAAUAAUACGUGUAGUUCGGCGGUGUACAUUUGUAUUGUCUUACGCAAACACAUGCGGAAAUUUGUGAUAAAGGGUUUGGAUGCCGGUGAAGAAUUUCAAUAGGGGGUUUUCUCAGCGAAGUUACAUAUAAAUAUAUUUAUUGAGCAUUCUGGGCGAGAGAUCUAAAGGCCUGUGUCCACGACGCUAGGA